AUCAUCUCAAUCCAUCUCCACAUUUACACCUCUCUUCGAGAACAAACAGGAGACACAGGUCUUACCACUCCAAUGGCGACCACCACCAUGUCCCUCUCCUCCUCGACUUAUGCUGGAAAGGUAGUGAAGAAUCUACCAUCUUCCACACUUUUUGGCGAGUCCCGCAUUACGAUGCGCAAGACUUCAGCGAAGGCUAAGCAGGUCUCCUCUGGAAGCCCAUGGUACGGUGCCGACCGCGUGCUCUACCUUGGUCCGCUCUCAGGUGAGCCCCCGAGCUACCUGACUGGUGAGUUCCCAGGUGACUAUGGCUGGGACACCGCUGGACUUUCCGCCGACCCCGAGACUUUCGCGAAGAACCGGGAGUUGGAGGUGAUCCACAGUCGCUGGGCCAUGCUCGGGGCACUGGGUUGUGUCUUCCCUGAGCUGCUCGCCCGCAAUGGCGUCAAGUUUGGCGAGGCUGUCUGGUUCAAGGCCGGCUCCCAGAUCUUCAGUGAGGGUGGCCUCGACUACCUAGGCAACCCUAGCCUCGUCCAUGCACAAAGCAUCCUGGCUAUAUGGGCCUGUCAGGUUGUACUCAUGGGUGCCGUUGAGGGGUACCGUGUUGCUGGUGGCCCACUUGGUGAGAUCAUUGACCCGCUCUACCCAGGUGGCAGCUUCGAUCCUCUUGGCUUGGCCGACGACCCGGAGGCAUUUGCUGAGCUAAAGGUCAAGGAACUCAAGAAUGGUCGCCUCGCCAUGUUCUCGAUGUUUGGCUUCUUUGUUCAAGCCAUCGUCACCGGCAAGGGCCCACUAGAGAACCUUGCUGACCACAUUGCUGACCCGGUCAACAACAACGCAUGGGCAUUCGCCACUAACUUCGUCCCCGGCAAAUAACUGAAGUCUCUAGGAGACUAUCGGCCCAGUGAACUGUGAUGUUGUGUAGUCUUGUUUGUACAACCACGAUGUAAAUUACGAGAAUUUUAUGUAAAGUGCGAGAUUCUCCCACUA